GAGGCAAAUAGACUCUCCAAACCUGCAUGAAAUUCUUGGUCUUCUUAAAAGACGCAACUUUUCCCACUUGCCCAUACUUCUGCUGCCUCAUUCUCACCAACAGGAGGUCACAUCCACUUUCUCCUCAUCACUGCAUCAUAACCAAUGGGACAUGUCAAUGAAAACUAAAAUGUCAACGGGAUGACGUCUUUGCUGGCGUAAGGCUGCGGUUCGAUGGCUCCUACUAAACGAUUGCACGGGGAAUGGACGCGCGAGACGCUCUGCUGGUGGGACAGCGCGCGCUGCUGACCCUUCGCACACUUUAUUAUCGGGACUUCUCAUCACGGUUUUAUCGCAGGAUUUCAGCACCUUGAUCUUGUUUGGCAGAGAUACGUGUCGGUUGAUCACUCCUGUUGUUUUUCUUAUCACAGGACGCGAGUGGUAAGUUGUGCGUGAAUAACUGUUCACAGUUUUUGCGCCGUCUCUUUGCUUCAGUAGGGUAAAUAUUGAGCAUUAAAUUACAAGACACCAAAUAAACUUAAAUGAUCUUCUUUCCACAAAAUCUCAAAAAACUUCUGCCUGUCAGAAUAAAGGCGAAGGAGACUUGAUUUGUUCUACUCCAAAGCAUAUCCAGACGUAAAAUUGGCUGAAUUGAAAAUACAGGAAUACUCAUACUAGAGUCAGACGUAGUUUGAGAUUGUUUUCAGCUUUUUUUAGGGCUUAUGAAACCUUUCCUCUCUCCCCGUGUGCGCCCCAGAGGACACAGCAUGUUGUCCUCCCUGAAGACCCUCCUGCUGCUGUCGGUCCUGUGCACACCGACCUCCAGUCUGUGCCUCCGCCUCUAUCAGACCCGAUCUGACUUCCUGUGCGACGACCAGCUGCCGCUCGGGGUCCGAGUCGAUGAGGACGAGUCUCCCGGUUUCUCCCCCGUGGACGGCUGGGGGUCCCUGUUGCAGUCUGCGGAGUAUCUCACCUCCUCCUCUUCCUCUUCUUUAGAGUCCAGCCGGGAAAAAAGGACUUCCAACCCUUCAAACUACCGCUACAUGAGCCGGACCAAGCUCAGGGGUCAGAUGCUCCGGAACAGCAGCAAAGGGGACCGGAGGAGCAGGCUGACCCUGUCUCUCGACGUGCCCACUAACAUCAUGAACGUGCUUUUUGAUGUGGCCAAGGCUAAAAACCUGCGCGCAAAAGCGGCAGAGAACGCGCGUCUUCUGGCUCAGAUUGGACGGAGAAAGUGAUGAAAAGUAGUGUUGGACAACUCGACUUUAACAGACAGCCAUGACCAGCGUUGGCCUCCUUACUCCUGCAUCACUUUGAAAGUUGUCUUGGUUUGUCUGGGUCAAAUUACUUGCUCUCAUCUGAAAGGUCCUGGUAACCAAAUAUCUAACAGCAUCGAUCCAAACAGGGUUCGUUUUUAGUUUCAAAACGCUUUGAGUUGAAGUUGGAUCAUUAAUCUUGUGUUUCUUUGACUUUUAGGGACAUAUUCCAACCCACAAAGAUAAGAAUCUUAGCUGAAAAAAAUUACCAUUUAUGACCAAUUGACCAUAUUUUAAACGUUCACCCUUAAGUUCAGUCAUUGGAGCCUCUCUAAACUCUAAAACACUGCACCAAAUCAUGAUACCAAAAGGUCAAGGGAAUGCUGAUUGAAAUAUUUCACAAAGCCAGCAAGUGACACUAGAAAUUAAAUGUGUAAGAUGUGUUUUCAGGUCACAUCAGCAGACCUGUUUCAUACCUAAAAGAAGACUUCAAGAUUAGUGGAUUUUUAAAAGUUUGCACUUAAUAUGGAGUGAGGUUGCAGUUGAAAAAUAAGUGUUCAAGUACAGAUCAGCCCUUGUAUCAAAUUUGCUGUAAAACAAAUGAUUAAUGCCCAACCCUUUUUUUUUCCUCUCAAGAGUAGAGCAACUUUGUUUAUCACUUCUGGCAAAUGUUGUCGUCAUUUCUCUUUGGUGCUUUCUUUAGAUAUUGUCCGAGAGGUUUUCUGUUUAGAUCUUCACAGGAGAGCCUCUUUGUUUUGAUUCCCGAGGAAACACAGAACACACUGUACAAACCUACAGUAAGUUCAUGACAUACAGUAAAAUGCUAUUGCAUGGGAAUGUAUUUGUUCAAAUGUCUGUUAUUUUUAUACUCCAAAUAAAGGAUUAUUUUUCCUCAAAUAAAGCAGAAGUCACAAAGA